CUCUCUGACUGGGUUUGGAAGGCAGGCCUUGGAGGGCACAGGUUCAGGGGAGAAGCACCCCUACAACACGCGUUGUCAGCGUGGUCCUUCCGUAAGGCACGUCGCUGCUCUGCCCAGAGCAGUAGCUGGGGAGGUGGAGGAGUUUGUGCCUCAGAGCGCAGCGAGUGCUGGGGAGGUUGACUGAGAAGUACUUUAGGAAGCUCAGCAUCAGUUGCUACUUGGCCCUGCCUCGAUUCUGGCGUUACAGCAGCACAUUCUGGUUCGCUGGGCCGAAGACUCGGCUAUCGGUGCUCCUUCAGCCCCGGUGUGGCCAGGGAGGGCUCCCGCUUCGGCCCGAGCCCCGGCGCUCCCCGCCCCCGCGGCAGGACUACAUCUCCCAGCGGGCUGCCGGCGGAGCGGCCCCGGCUGCCCCGUGCCCUCGCCCGGGGGAGCCGGAGCGCGAGCCCCGUGCCGGCUGCGGCCGCGGCAGCUUGAAACCUCUUUGACCGAGUACCGGGCACAUAGUUUUUCUGCUGAAGAGGCGCCUUAUGGAUGAGAAGAAAACCUGCAAAACCUACCAGCUGCGUUUCGUUGCCCAACUGAGCGAUCUGCAGAAUAAGCAAGUGACGUGCUCACAGUCCUGAGGCAUUAUGCUGCUUGAGGUAUUCCUGAUUCUGGGGACAAUCAUCAUCUACUUCUUACGUUCCAGGAAGAAAGAAGAGACAUUAUCCUUUAAAGAUGGAUGGUGGGGCAGGGGCCAAAAGCCUGACACUGAAGAAGAUGCAACUAUUUGGCCAUUUAAGGUGGAAACUACAGAAAAAGAUCUGAGUGACUUGUAUAGGAGGCUGGACGAGGCUCGAUUCUCUGAGCCACUGGAGGACAGUUGCUUCCAUUAUGGAACAAACUCAGUGUAUCUCAGGAAAGUUGUCUCCUAUUGGAAAAACCAGUUCAACUGGAAGAAACAAGUUGAAAUUCUCAAUAAGUACCCACAAUUCAAAACUAAGAUUCAAGGCAUUGAUAUCCACUUUGUUCAUGUAAAGCCUCCUUGUUUGCCUGAAGGCCAGUCUGCAAAGCCAUUAUUAAUGGUUCAUGGUUGGCCUGGUUCAUUUUAUGAGUUUUACAAAAUUAUUCCUCUUCUGACUGACCCUGCCAGCCAUGGCCUCAGCGAUGAACACAUUUUUGAAGUCAUUUGCCCUUCUAUCCCUGGCUAUGGUUUCUCAGAAGCACCCCACAAACAAGGCUUUAAUUCUGUAAGCGCUGCUUCGGUAUUUUAUGAAUUGAUGCUCAGACUGGGAUUCAGCGAGUUCUACGCACAAGGUGGUGACUGGGGCUGGCUCAUCUGCACCAAUCUGGCACAGAUAGCUCCCAACCAUCUGAAAGGUCUUCAUUUAAAUCUAGCCUCUGUUACGAACAUGGGAUUCACCCACCUGCUCUCCAUUCUGCUGGGCCGCUAUCUUCCAGGGCUCUUCGGUUUCCAGGAAGAAGACGUUAGGCGGAUGUUUCCCUUCUUGAAAAAAGGGCUCUACAGGAUCUUGUUGGAAUCUGGCUACGCUCACAUACAGGCUACAAAGCCUGAUACUGUUGGUUGUGGCUUGAAUGACUCUCCUGUAGGACUGGCUGCUUACAUCUUGGAGAAAUUUUCUACAUGGACUGAUCUGGAAUUCCGUAAUUUAGAAGAUGGAGGACUAGAGAGGAAAUUUAACCUGGAUGAUCUUCUUACCAAUAUCAUGAUCUACUGGGUGUCAGGCUGCAUAGUCUCCUCAAUGCGUUUUUACAAAGAAAAUCUGCAGAAGGGAAUAGGCACACAGAAACAUGAGAAGCUCCCAGUACAAGUACCUACUGGCAUCGCUUCCUUCCCUAAUGAAGUCAUGCACACACCCCAGGCUUGGGCCCAGAAGAAAUACACCAACAUAGUGUCUUUCCAUUUGAUGCCUAAAGGUGGCCACUUCGCAGCUUUAGAGGAACCUGAACUUCUUGCUGAAGAUAUUCUGCAAUUUGUUGGGAGAGUAGAGAAAGAGCAACUUUGGAGAAAGAAAGGAGAAUAAUUCCCCUUAGGAAAAGCAGGGUAAUUGCUUAUUGCUUACUAAGUCUACUGUAAUCAGAUCUUAUUCUUGACCAGAUAUGAGAGGACAGCAAGAAAACUGCAGGAUAGCUGAGAUAGGAUACAGCCUUGGAAACCCAAGGAUUUUUCUUUUUUAGCACAGCUACGCUAAGAAUGUAGCAUGAAGGUUACUUGGUUAUUUUCUCCCCCAAGCAGAAGCUUCUAAAACCUGUUCUCUAAUACCACUUACUCUUAUUUUGAAAUUGAGAAAUAGACCUUACCACUGCUAAUACUCAGUUUAAUUAUUACCAACAGCUUUUCUUCACAACAGCAGUAAAAGUUGAGUUGAUGUAUGUGUGAGAUUCCCCACAUACACAAUGGGGAACAGUCAAGCAAGACCUGACUUGAAUGACUGUAUCAAUUAAUCAGCACUGAUCUACAGUGCUCAUUAAACCAACCAGCUGGCUGCUGCUGGCUGUCUUUCUCUUCCAGCCUGUGCUGUUAAGCAGCUUCCUGGGUGGAAGGAAGCUCAGCUCCCCUGCACCAGGCUCCUAGGAAAACAAUGUGUGAGGAGCAGCUGGAGCGUUAGCUGAGUAGCUGAAACACACAGGCUUUUGUAGCUUGGACCAGAAGGAGGGGUUGGGGGUAGGUGUAAUUACAGCCCAUAUAGCCUCUGCACGGAAUUUGUGCUCUUAACUGAAAUCAUAGUCCUGGACAGGCUCGAGACACUAUGGCUUUGCACUGCUUCUACGGGGUACUACUGUAAACACCUC